AUGAAAAAUAUGAAAGAUUUAUCUUCAUCUGUAGAAAAAAGUCAAGGAAUGAUUGCUGAAAUAUGGCAAGAAUAUGGUAAAUCAGAUAAAAGAUGGCUUUAUUCAGAUUCAACGGUGCUUUCUAUUGAAAUCUUGACAUUCUUAUUCUGUGGACCAUUAUCAUUAUAUGUACUCUACUUGCUAACAAUCUCUAAUUCAACAAAUAAUAGUCAUUUGCAUGUAUCAAGACAUUAUUGGCAAUUGAUACUUUGUACUUGUGAGAUAUAUGGUUGUUACAUGACUUUUGUCCCUGAAUGGUUAACUGGUAAUAAAUUCCUUGUCACUGAUAAUUGGAUGUACUUAUGGAUUUAUCUUGGGUUCUUUAAUUUAUUAUGGGUAGUUGUACCCUUGCUAUUAAUGAUACAUUCUUAUUAUGAAUUAAUUGAAUCUAUUGAAAAUAAAAAAGAUAACCUGAAGAUUGAAUAA